GUGUCACACUGUCACAUAUAGGUGGGAGAUAAUUACUAUGUAUACACCCCUAUAUACUGCUCUCUGUCUCUCCUGCUGUAGGGUCUGCACUGAGUAAUGACAGAUGGUGAUAUGAUUGUAGAGGCUGGCGGGCCCUCUCACACCCUGACCACAGGCUGCCCACCCUGCUCUGGGGGAACUGAGACCGAGAUCCGUGUCUGACUGCUCAUCACAACAUGAGGUCUGUAGCUGGGCUCCUGCUUAUGCUGGAAGGGCUACAAGAAUUUCUCUGCCAGACAAUCCACGUGUCCCAGAUCCCUGCAAUACUCACCGCAGAGGGCAGCUCCGUCACCCUACCCUGUACAUACAGCAUCAGUGGUGCAGAGAACGCAACAUCUGGCUCCUACAGGUGGUACAGACACAUGGUGAGGACUGGGCCCAAGGUCUCUGAUAGUAAUGAGCAUUUCACAGGCAGACUCUCCAGAGCUAAAGCAACAGAAUUCUACAUGAAAAGAUCCGCCAGCAUCACCCUGCACGGUGCAGAUGUCUCAGACACCGGGGUAUAUUUCUGUGAAGUUACUUUCCAGCACAACAGAGAAAUAUCCGGACACGGUGCUGGAACAUUACUCAAUGUGACAUCACUCAAUGUGACAGAGCACCAGAUAGUCGGAUCCAGAUGUUUUGCCCAUGGAUAUCAUUCCCAGACAAUCACGGUGUCCCAGAUCCCUGUAAUAGUCACCCCAGAGGGCAGCUCCGUCACUCUACCCUGUACCUACAGCAUCAGCGGCGCAGACAAUGCAACAGACGGCUGGUACAGGUGGUACAGACACACGGUGAGGACUGGGCCUGACGUCACCGAUAGUAACAAGGAUUUCACAGGCAGGAUCUCCAGAGUGGAUGGAGAAGAAUUCAUUAGUAGCAGAUCAGCCAGUAUCACCCUGCACAGAGCAGAUGUCUCAGACACCGGGAUGUAUUACUGUGAGGUCACUUUCCAGCACGGCGGAGAAAUAUCCGGACACGGUGCUGGGACAUUCCUCAAUGUGACAGGUAAAAAGAGAUAA